AUGGCAAAGGUUUCCAGCAAGAAGACUUCGGCCAAGAAGACCGAGUCUUCCAAGACCACUAAGUCCGUUCCCCCUCAGCUGAUCGCCUCAGUCGCGGCUUUCUUGUCGGACAAUUUCCCCCAGACUAGCACCGCCUUCACCAAGGAAGUGACAAAGUCGGGCAAGAAGAGCGAUGCGAAAAAUGCUCCUUCUCUUUUGGAACUCUUCCAAGCCUCCGAGCAGGGAUCCAGCGUGAAGAAGUCUGCCAGCCCCAGCCCUUCUUCCAGCUCAAGCAGCAGCUCCGAUAGCGACUCGGAUGUUGAGAUGGGCGAGGCCACUCGCUCGUCCUCUUCGUCCUCGUCUUCUUCCAGCUCCGACAGCGAUGCGGAUGAUGAGGAUGAUGACAAGUCUCCUGCGGCUCCCGCUCCCGCCACCGCCGCCCCGGCUCAGAAGUCUGCCGGUGUGAAGCGCAAGGCCGAGUCUAGCAGCGAGUCUAGCAGCUCUUCCGACUCUGACUCGUCCUCUUCGUCCGAAGAUGACAGCCCUAAGGCCAAGAAGGCCAAGACCUCUCCCACCCCCAAAGAGGCUUCCUCUUCGUCCUCAUCCGACUCUUCAUCUUCGUCCUCGGAUUCUUCCAGCUCUGACUCUGAUUCCUCGUCGAGCUCUUCAUCUGAUUCCUCCUCCGAUUCCUCGUCUGACUCUUCUUCCGACUCCUCUUCUGACUCUUCCUCUUCCUCCGACUCUUCUUCCGAGUCCGAGUCCGAGUCUGAGAAGGAAUCCAAGAAGGCCCUGAAGAAGGCAAAGAAGACUCCUCUCCCCGAGUCCGACUCUUCUUCUGACUCUGAAGCUUCCUCAUCCGGCAGCAACACCCUUCCCGCUUCCCCGGAGACCGAGACCAAGCCCGCCACGAAGGCCGUGGAGGCCGUGGAGGCCGUGCAGACUACCUCCUCGAGCGCCAGCCCCGCUCCUGGCAACGGACCUGCUAAGAAGAAGCACACCGGAGCUCGCCCCACCCCUCUGGCCCUCCUGAGCGAAUUGCCCCAUGACCACCCCUCGAAUGACUACAUGUCGUACGCCUACGCCGAUCGCGCCUGGAAGGACCUGUCUGUGACCCGCGGCAAAGGAUUCACUAAGGAAAAGAACAAGAAGAAGCGUGGCUCCUACCGCGGCGGUCCCAUCGACAUUGCCCCCGGCACGACCUCUUUCAAGUUCGAGGACUAA